GUCUCCACGACUUAUGUCUAACAAGGUGAUUUUAGCCCCAUGAUAUGGCAAUUUGUAUCAUUUUAUUGUAAAAAACGGCAGGUUUCAACGGCCCCCGCAGCUAAAUGCGUAUCGAUAUCUAAUCUAUCAAUGUCCUUUUUUUCAGGUAGAUCAUCAAAGAUUGUCAAGAAGGUGAUCAUUCCGUUCCUGUUGGGUUUGAAGUUCAAGACUGCAGUUCUAGUACCUCUUGCUCUGGCACUUAUCGCAUUGAAAACUUGGAAAGCCCUAACGCUUUCUCUGCUUUCACUGGUUCUUACUGGUACCAUCUCUGUCUUCUCCAAGUUUGUAUCUAAGGCCCCAGCAUACGAAGUCUUACACUACUCGCAACCUCAUGUGGACUACCAUCACGUCGACGUUCCAGUGCCUGCUGUAGCUUACGGACACCCUGUAUACGCUGGACGAGAGCUGUCGGCUCAGGACAUUGCCUACAGUGCUCAUGCACAGUGACAGCCUGAUUGAGCGCUG